AUGGCACCUACACUGAAUCUGAAAGAGGCCACUGGUAACCAGAGCUCAUGGGAAACUUUGCUACCAGAUUUCCCUAAAGGGCCACUUUGCAAGUACCGAGAGAAAGCUUCCUUCAACUGGAGGGAGAUGGCAGUGUUCCUAGAUGGAGAAGAUACCAUCCAGCUCAAGAACAGAAUCUUCUCUGCUCUGGAAAGUGAUCCUCUCUUUGCACAUCAUCCUGGAGAAGACCUGUGCCGUGAGAAAUAUCAGGAGCUGUCAUUCCUGCGCUGUAAAAGGCUCUUUGAGUAUGAUUUUCUUACUCAGCAAGAGAUCAUAGAGAAGCCAUUAAAGAUGCUUAAUAUGAUGACCUAUAUAGGAAUGUACGACUGGUCUCCAUGUCUCCAGUACUUCUUACAUCAGGGCGUAUUUGGAAACACAAUUUUAAGUGCUUCUGUGAGAUUUGCAGACUUUGUGAAACAGGUUCAUAGAAUGGAGAUUUUUGGCUGCUUUGCUCUGACAGAACUCAGCCAUGGAACUAAUACCAAAGGCAUACGAACUACUGCUACGUUUGAUCGUGACACUCAGGAAUUUAUCAUCAAUACUCCUGACUUUGAAGCUGCAAAGUUCUGGGUUGGUAAUAUGGGGAAACAUGCCACUCAUGCCAUUGUGUAUGCCCAGCUCUAUACUCCUGAUGGACAGUGCCAAGGCUUACAUUCCUUUAUUGUACAGAUCCGAGAUACAAAAACUCUCCUACCAAUGCCAGGUGUGAUGGUAGGAGACAUAGGAAAGAAACUUGGACAGAAUGGGUUGGAUAAUGGAUUUGCCAUGUUCCAUAACGUCAGAAUACCUAAAGAACACAUACUGAAUAUAACUGGAGAUAUCACAGCUGAGGGGAAGUACUCAAGUUCAGUGAAGGAUGAUAAAGAGCGUUUUAGUGCAGCUCUGGGAUCCUUGUCCACGGGCAGGAUUGUCAUCACAGCAAUUUCCACGACCAAUUUAAAGCUUGCCAUAUCAAUCGCCAUUCGCUUCUCAGCAGCUCGACGUCAGUUUGGCCCAACUGAUGAUGAAGAAAUACCUGUUCUUGAAUACCAAACACAGCAAUGGCGUCUUCUUCCUUAUCUGGCUGCUGCAUAUGCCUUAGAUCAUUUCUCCAAAUCCCUGUUUGAGAACUUUGUAGAAUUUUAUGUGGGCAUAUUGACAAAGCAAAGGAGUAAGAGACAGGCUGACUUGGGUCGUGAGAUUCAUGCCUUGUCUGCUGCCAGCAAACCACUGUCUUCUUGGACUGCUCAGCAGGCGGCCCAGGAGUGCCGAGAGGCUUGUGGAGGACAUGGUUACCUCGCCAUGAAUCGUCUGGGUGAAAUCCGAAAUGACAACGAUCCAAACUGCACAUAUGAGGGAGACAACAACAUCCUGGUUCAGCAAACCAGCAACUACCUGAUGAGCUGGAUGAAUUACAUAAGAGAUAAAGCUCCUUUUGAGUCCCCUUUUGGAACAAUAAACUUUUUGCAAGAUUACCAUCGGAUCCUCGGCUGGAAAUUCACAGCCAUUAGUGUGGAAGAUUGCAUGGACUCCUCAGUUCCUUUAGCAGCAUAUAAAUGGCUGGUUUGCUACCUGCUCCAAGAAAGUGACCUAAAACUGAGCAAGGAGAAGCAGUCUGGGCGAAGUGAUUUUGAGGCAAAAAACAACUGUCAGGUGUACUACUGUCGAUCAUUAGCCAUUGCUUUUAUUGAACAAACAGUCUUACAAAGAUUCCAUGACUACACCCAUGAUCCCAACAUACCAUCUACUCUGCAGCCAGUGCUUAAGAAUCUCAGUGCUCUGUAUGGACUCUGGUCUUUAAGUAAACAUCUGGCUGUGCUCUACCAAGGUGGCUAUGCUUCAGGUGAACAAGCUGGUAGAUUUGUUCAGAAUGCCAUUCUGGAGCUCUGCUACAGGUUGAAGGAUGAUGCAGUUGCCCUGGUUGAUGUCUUUGCUCCUCCUGACUUCAUUCUCAACUCUCCCAUUGGUAAAGCUAGUGGAGAGUUAUAUAAAAAUAUGUGGACAGAGAUCCUGCAAGGCAGCAAAGCACUGAACAGACCUUCAUGGUGGGCAGAAUUUUGUAUUAAUAAACCUGUUAUAGGCAGGCUGAGGUCAAGAUUGUAAACCAAACAACUUGUAAAAGGCUGGAUGGGCCUGAGAUGGAUACUGUAUUUCAAACACCAGGAGGAAAUGAGACCACAUGUCAAACACAGAAAAGGAAAGAGAUUUUCAUAGAGAAGUGCCAAGUUUUAAGAUAACUUUGAAAUCAAGUCCAACUUGGUCUCAGUAUUGUUGACAUAGUAAUGACAGGAACAAGAGCAACACAUUUGUGCAUAAUUCCUAUUUACUCAAAUACAAAAAAAUGAAGAUUCAUAAUGAUCACAGCUUUGCAAAAUUUGUAUAAUAGAAAUGCUCC